AUGUUUCCAAUGUCUUCUCAAGCUGUCGCAUUUCUCUCUAGCAUUUUCUUUGUCUUAUCAGCAUUAGCUGCUGAUGCUUUUAACAUCAACAAGAUGCUCAGCGCCUACCCGGAUUUCACAAACUUCAACAACUUGUUGAUUCAAACGGGUAUUGCUGGUGAAAUCAACAAGAAGCAUAGAGUCACUGUUCUUGUUGUUGCCAAUUCUAAUAUGGCUGCAGUCAAUGGAGUAUCCAAAGAUGCAAUGAAGGAGGUCUUGGGCGUGCAUGUGAUACUCGAUUAUUAUGAUGAAGCCAAGCUAAAACAACUGCAAACAAAACAAGCAACCAUUCUCACAACACUUUACCAAGAAAGCGGUAGAGCCAAAAAUCAGCAAGGUUUCUUGAAUAUGACCAACACGGGCAAUACACCAGUGGUUUUUGCAUCUGCUGCUCCAGGUUCUAAACUUGAUUGUACAUUAGUUAAACAAAUUACAGCGCAACCUCCUAAGGUUUCAGUACUCCAAGUCAGUAAUAUUAUAAAUAUAGCCUCAAUUUCAAAUUCUGCAUCUUACCUCCCUGAUGCUUCCGCUCCAAAAUUGAGGAAGGCACUGGCACCAGGUCCUAGUCGUGCUGAGGCUCCAGCUGUAUCACAGAUUAGCCCUACCAAGCCACCAUCUGCUAAUGCUAAUGCUAAUGCUAAUGCUAAUGCUAAUGCUAAUGCUAAUGCUCCUGCUCCUGCCAGUACAAGUUCUGUUGUAUCCCUUCCUUCUAGGGAUUAUCUGGCUUCCAGCAUCCUUAUGAUUUUCAGUUGGGCUUGGUUACUGCUUCCAAUGGUUUGA